ACAGCAGGCUGACAUUAAAAGACAGUUUUGCUUUCCAUGGGAGAAUAUUCCUCCCGGUUACCUCUGGAAGGCAGCAAAGCUAAAUGAGUGCAAAUGACCGCAAAUUGCACAAGAAGAAGAAGAACUGUCUAUGGGAAAACCAUCAUGACGAAGUAGUGGAAGAAGAACAAGGAAGACCGCAAAAAAAAAUCUGAAAAAAAUGCCUGUAAUUAAAGUCACAAGUUGUCAUGCGCACUUAGUGUGAUAGAAGGGAAGUGCCCUUAUAACAGUGCUACGCUGUGGCUGUCUGUGUCCGCACUCUCCGCUACACUUCUGUCCUUCACGCGCAUUAAACUGUAACUUAACAGUUAGUAAAGUCAGCUUUAGUGUCGCGACUUUGUUAAAAUGGGUUCGUCUAUCCCAGUCGUUAAUUAAUCCGUAUGAUAGUCUUCCAGAUGUUUAGUUCCAAUGAGUCGACAGCACAUUGCCAGCGGCAAGUUUAUAUUUAAUACAUGUAUUGCUAGGGGCCAGUAAGAAACACACCAUGGCAGACAGAAGGACGUUCAACGUUGUGAUUUUGGGUGUGGGGUUUUUGUUCAUUUUUACCGCCUUCACCACCUGUGGGAACGUUGAACAAACGGUAGUGAAAAGCCUGCAGAAUGAUACUUUCACUGGGAGUGGCUACCACAGUCUUGGAAUAAUCUAUGGGGUAUUUUCGUUCUCCAAUUUACUCGCGCCAACAGUUGUUGCAGUAAUUGGACCAAAAAUGACUAUGUUUUUGAGUGGCCUUCUUUACAGUGGGUACAUUGCUGUGUUCAUCAUCCCUUCAACAUGGUCCUUUUACCUGACCUCUGUACUGAUCGGCAUAGGAGCAGCCAUGCUGUGGACAGCUCAGGGACACUUUCUGGUGGAAAACUCUGAGGCUUCCACCAUCAACAGGAACACAGGGAUGUUCUGGGCUCUCCUACAGUGCAGCAUGCUGUUUGGCAAUCUUUACAUUUAUUUCGACUGGAAAGGAAAAACAGAGAUAUCAGACAGCAGCAGGAAAAACAUUUUUCUGUCCCUGUUGGUCACCUCCAUACUCGGCACACUCAGCUUCCUGGUGUUGAGAAAGAGCCAUCAUGAAGACGAGAUGCUCUCUGAAGAGGAAGGGCAGGCACUGCUCUCAACUCCUGUGAUGUAUAAGCACAGAGCCAACACUGCCAUGCAGGAUGCCAAGUCAGAAUUCAAAACCAUCCUGCAACUUCUGAAGACUAAAACGAUACUGCUCCUGAGUCCCUGCAUGGCAUACAGCGGCCUGGAGCUAUCUUUCUACAGCGGAGUGUAUGGGACGUGUAUCGGAGCAACUACACAGUUUGGAGAAGCAGCUAAAGGCUUGAUUGGGAUCUCUGGGAUUGUGGUAGGCAUUGGAGAAAUUGUUGGCGGAGGCUUGUUUGGAUUGUUGUGUAAGAACAAUCGCUUCAGACGGACCUCGGUGGUGUUUCUGGGAAUGGUUGUCCAUUUCGUUGCUGUCUAUUUGAUCUUCCUCAACAUCCCAGACGAUGCCCCGGUUGUCUUUAGUACCACCACCCAACAUAAACCAUAUCUAACUCCAAGUGUAUCCAUUGCCCUGCUGUGCAGCUUCUUGCUUGGACUUGGGGACAGUUGUUUCAACACACAGCUCUACAGCAUAUUAGGCUGUGUUUAUGCUGGACAAAGCACGCCUGCUUUUGCCAUCUUCAAAUUCAUCCAGUCUGUUUUUGCAGCAGUGGCGUUUUUCUACAGCAGUUACCUCCUGUUGAAGUGGCAGCUCCUGCUGAUGGUCACCCUGGGCUUCUCUGGAACGCUGUGCUUCUUCAUUGUGGAGAGGAUGCAGAACUUCUCGGUAGAUUUGCAGGAAUAUUAGAAAGAAGACAUUUCUGUAUCGGCAUUGAUUGUUGUUUGGGAGGAACUACGGCCAUCAGAAAAACAAUCCUGUCUUUUUCAUUUCACGAGGGGCUAUUCUAAAAUCUUUUAAUAUAACACACUUUAGGUCAUACAUACAUACAUACACACACACACACACACACACACACACACAAACAUACAUAUAUAUACAUCUGGAUAACAUUUACACUCAAAAUAGGAUUUGAAUUGUUGCAAGAACUGAAACUGAGUUGGCUGAAGAAAACAUUUAAAUAGCAUUACAUGGUUGUCAAUCAGCCUGGAUCGUACCUUGCACUGUCUGUUCUAAUAAGCUAACACUACACAGUAUCAUUGUUAAUCAUUAACAUAUUUUUUCUACUGCACUGCUAAACAAAAAUAACCACUCACCUUAUCUCACACUUAUUUGCAUUGCUUCCAGCUCAGGGUUGUUAUUAAGGCAGUGUUGUUGGAAAUAUGUGAUGUAUCUAAAAUUGUUAUUUUUAAGGCUGUUCAUAGUUUGUCAGAAGGAUUGACAGUUUGAUAAAAAAUAGAUGAGAGAAAAUAAUGCAAUAUUGUAUCGUCAACUAAUUAAUGCCUGACAAUCAUUGUUCUUAACGUGUUUUGUAAAUUUUGCAUAUUGUCACUGGUUUUCCCCUAAUUUUGUGAAUCUUUGAUGAAUAAAGUUUCAUGCAUUUUUCAGGGA